CACCAGGCGCCUGGGCUUCCCCUUCUGACCAAUCUUUACUGCUAGAUCUCCUCAACUCCAUUCUUGUUCUGCUCCGGUGCCCCCGACAGUCGACUAACUGCUAUUGCUUUGCUCUUGUUCGGGUUCGCUUCAAGUGAUGAUAUAUAAAGCAGGUUCGGGGAAUGAUGGCUGCGAGCAGCACCGCGGCGGCGAUGGCGAGGACGCACACAACGGCAGCUGGGAGGUGGUGGAGGCGGACACCGUCAUCGGAGCCUUCCGCUCAAGCAAGGGCAGUUCUACCCCUGCAGCAGCUACGGCGCCCCCAACUCCCCUCUACCACCACCACCACCACCACCACGACGAAGCAGCACCCGCUCGGCUCUCUGAUUACUACCGAGGGAGAUGAAGGCGAGGAGGAGGAGGAGGAGCAAGAGCAAGAGCGACGGGCACCGUGGAGCCGUGCCUGUCGCGUCAAGACGGCGACAGCGGGCGACGUGCUCUGCCUGAUGGAUGCUCUGCGCCUCCCCGUGGAGGAAGACGUGUACGUGGACCUCAUCAAGGAGUGCACCCAUUCCCGGGACGCUGUCCAAGGAGCCGAGGUCCACGCCCACAUCCUGGUGAGGACCCGCGGAGCCGCUCCCGCCGGCCUCAUCCUCGCCAACCGCCUGCUGCUCAUGUACGCGGCCUGCGGCAAGGUGGAGGCCGCACGCCAGCUAUUCGACCGAAUGCCUGCCAGAGACGCCGUCUCGUGGGCGGCCGUGAUCGCCGCUUACUCCCACGACAAUAGCAGCAGCAGCACCAGCCACUGCGAGGCGACAAAGCUCUUCACGAAGAUGCGAGCUGCAGAGUUCGCAACUGUCGCAGAGUCAAGAAGCCGCUGCUGUUUGGAUGCUAUACUCAUGGCUCUUCUGAGGUCGUGCGGUCGUGCGAGGGAGCUGGGACUCGGCCGACAGGUUCACGGGCUGAUUGAGAAAAUGAUGGGAGCAAGCGGGGCCGGCAGCUCCCUAAUUCAAUUCUACAGCACACUCGGGCGCCGAGACGCCGCGCGACAAGCCUUAGAUAGGGUGAUCAUGUACCCUUUUCAGGAGGAAGAUUGGACGAGUAUGAUCGCAUGUUGCUGCAGAGAAGGCCUGUUCGAGGAAGCGAUCAGCAUCUUCAGGAAAACAGCGAGGUUGGGGAAAAGAGGGAACCCCUGUUCUCUUCUCACAAAUGUCCUCAAGGCAUGUGCGAGAAUAGGGGACGGUGGGUGGAUCGGAAGACAAGUCCACACCAUCGCCAUCAAGCUCGGAGCGGAAUCAGAUCAGUACGUGGGGAGCAGUCUGUUUCGCAUGUACUCCCAAAACGGGCUCUUGGCGGACGCAAGGAGGUCUCUUGAUUCAGUCAGCAGGUUGCAAGAUGAUGCGUGCUGGAAUGCAGUGCUCACCGCCUAUGCUCGUCGAGGGUGCUUUGAAGAGGCCAUCAGACUGCUUUACGAGAAGAAGGCUGCUGGAUUGCAGCCUCCCCAAUCCAUGGUUAAGCAGAUAUUCGAGAUGGUCUAUGGAUGUUAAUAGUGCAGCAGAAUAUCCAACUGUGCCAGUUGUACAAACUACUUUACUCCAAUCAUGUUAAUCAAAUCUUCUG